AGCAGGAGCCCUCACUGCAGCAGCGCUCGGCCGAGGCGCAUCCAGGCGCCUUCGCCGCUCCCUCCUCCUUUCCUUCCUCCUCUGCCGCCGCGGAGUCGGGCCCUGCUGCACCGGGCGAAGAGGAAAGUGUUCGGAUCCCGGACGAAGUUCCUUAGAGGCGGAGGAGAAGGCAGCUACCGGUCAUCUCACCAAGAAGACUUAUGAGACUGCAAGAAGACUAAAGCAUUUUGAAAGACCUUACCUACCUGAAGACAACAGCAAUGACAACAAACAUGGCAGAUUAUUCUGCUUAUAAAGAGACCUCCAAUCGUCAUUUGCGUUUCAAGCUACAGAGCCUUAGUCGCCGCCUUGAUGAACUAGAGGAAGCCACCAAAAACCUCCAGAAAGCUGAGGAUGAGCUACUAGACUUGCAGGACAAAGUAAUCCAGGCAGAAGGCAGCAACUCCAGCAUGCUGGCUGAUGUGGAAACUCUGCGGAAAAGGGUUCUGAAAAUAGAAGGGAAGGAUGAGGAGAUCAGGAAGGCAGAAGAGCUUUGCCAGCUGAUGAAGGAGAAGCUAGAGGAGGAGGAAAGCCUCACCAGGGAGCUGAAAUCUGAAAUUGAGCGGCUUCAGAAGCGGAUGGCAGAGCUGGAGAAGUUGGAGGAGGCCUUUGGCCGGAGUAAGAAUGACUGUACGCAGCUCUGCCUGAGUCUCAAUGAGGAGAAAAACCUGACCAAGAAAAUUUCAACUGAAUUGGAGAUUCUUAGGGCCAAAGUAAAAGAACUUGAACAAUCAGAAGACAGACUCGAUAAAACUGAGCAGAGUUUAGUGAGUGAGCUGGAAAAGCUGAAAUCUUUAGCUGUUGUUUUUGUUAAUGAAAGAAAACACUUCACUGAAAAAGAAAAGCAGAAUGAGAAGUUAAUACAAGAGCUGACACAAAAGCUAGAACAAAACAAUAAACUGAACCGGGCAGAUCAGACGCGAAACACAUCAAAUCUACUGGAACGAUCAUCCAAUAGUAUCCUUGAGAGAAAUGAUAUGAGGAUUGAAGUUGACUUGACAACUUCUGCACUGUCCUCAAAAGAAACAAGAAGAAAAGGGAGCUUGGACUACUUGAAACUUGUGGAAAACGAAACCCGAAACAAUUCAGAAAACCAGAAGAAUAAAAACCAAGAAGACAACAAAGUGAAGGACCUAAACCAAGAAAUUGAGAAACUGAAGACUCAGAUCAAACAUUUUGAGUCUUUGGAAGAAGAACUUAAAACCUUGAGAGCCAAAAAUAAUGACCUGCACGAUAGUUAUUUAAGUGAGCAGAAUAAAAAUAAGAUCCUCACAGGGCAACUUGAAGAAAUAAAAAUACAGAUGAAAAAGCAAAAAGAGCUAGAAAACGGAGAGGCAGAGGUGGAAGAAAUUAAUUUGUCCGGCCGAACUAAGCACGAUAGACCUAAACACCGAGCUGUCACAGGUGAAUCAACUGUUUUGAAACACAAAUCUCGGGAACUUUCACCUCAGUAUCGGCGGGAGAGAAUACGCAACCGAGAAUUCUCAUUUAAUAAUGAGGGCUGUGGCCAAGUUAGCAAACGGGUUACAAGUCCUAAUCUGAACAGCAGGAGAACGACAAAAGCAUCUAGUACUUCAGCAUUAUUAGACACUGUAGCAACUGACUGUAAGCAAGCAGAAAACAAAUCAACCGUGGGUGGGCACAGUGCAUCGCAGAGAGAUAGUGGCAUCCCACCAGCCGAAGUAAAAAAAUCUAGAGAGCAACCAUCUGUGCUUAGCCGCUACCCACCUGCUGCACAGGAGCACAAGUCGUGGAAGGCUUCUUCAAAACCCAAGAAUGAAAGUGUCCUGAGAAGUAAAGCUGAAAAAAUAUCCCAGCCGUUAAAUGACACUUAUCACUGUAAAUCCGACGAAUUUGAAGACAAGACAAGCAAAGCCGAAACUGCUGUACCAUCUUCUGAAAAGGGAAUUAAGACACAUUUCACAGAAUCGUCUGCUCUUUUAACGGAGGCUCGUACCUCAAAAACUAAUUGUGGACCAACCAAUGGAGCUGCUUCACCCUAUCAACAUUAUCUCUCUGCAGAAAUAUUAGGUACUGAGCCCACCAGCUCAAAGGUGGAAACCACACCAUUGGUUUCGCCUCACAGACGGCACAUGGGCGAGAGCUCUCUAAAGGUGGCUAACCCACAAGAAAGGGAACCUGUCGGUGCUCCAAUGGAAAUGACAAAGCCCUUACCUCUAGCAAAGUCCUGGCUCAUUUCAAGAAGCCAGGAAGAUCUCUUGCAGAGUCAACCAGUUCCUCGAAAGGAAGAAACCAAUCAGACAUUUACUGUAAACUUGAACAAUGGGGGCCUGAAAUCAACCUCUGCAAGAGCCAAAGUUAUCAACCCCAGUGGCAUGACUGAGGAGAAGAGUAAAGUCACAGUUGUUCCUACCACAGUAGAUUUAGGGACGAAGAAGGAACCUGUUUCUAGAGAAUUCAUGAGCUCAAGGGGAACUAUUCAGACAUCUCCCCUUGAAAAUGACAAAAGCACUUGUGGUGAAGAGGAACCUAGGAAGUUAUCCAGAACAUCUUCAGCUGCUGCCAUGGCGGGCUUGAAAACCAGAAGGCAGUUCAGUCCAAGGGAAGCUCUGAGGUCUAAGGCUGUCAUCAAGCCUGCAAUUGUGGAAAAGGACAUGAAGGAAGUCAUGGGUGGUUCUGGGUCUGGGCCAGAAGCCAGCUUUGAAAAACAGCCCACUGUCUUUAAGACUGUGUCACACAAAAUGACAAGCAGCAUUACCAUUUACCCAUCUGAGCCAGUUAUUCAAAGGACCAGCGCAAGUGAAGCUACAAAGGACCAACAGCAAGUGUCUGCCAGCAAUAUUAGAGUAAUGCCAAAUGAGCUUUCCACAGGAGUGAAUGCAACAGGCACGCCGUGUGAGAUAUCGAUUAACAAGAGCAACAUGUCGUCAAUGUUACCAGAGACUGAUAAAAAUAAGGACUCCAUUUUGAGAAGCAGGUUGGAAACAGUGGUCUCCAAAAGUAGCAUUACAAUUAAACCUUCUGAGUCAGUGGAGAAGAACAGUGAGCCAACUGUGGAGACUAUCAACUGGAAGAGCCAUGGGUCUUCAAACUCAUCUGAGACCAAACAUGUCACAGUGAGAGGUGCAUGGCGAACAAGGCGUGGUGUGCACUCUUUGGAAGACUCUGCAACUAAAGCCGAUGAAAAUGCAAGCCCAAGGAAUCCAUAUAGGUCAUCUACUGAUCCUUCCAAAACUGAAGGAACUGGCACACGCAUAUAUGCGAUUGAGCAGAAUUCCAGAAGGGCCAGUGCUGGUAUUAACUCUUCAAACACUCCCGAAUUAGACUGUAGAAGGACCAAAAGUAACUUAAGUACAUCUGAGAUGCCCAGACAAAGAAAUAGUGCCAAUGAACCUGUGGCUGCUUCUCCGUGGAGUUGUACAGUAUUACCAGAAGAAAACAAAGAUUUUGUUCCCAGUUCCAGAAGAAAACUGUUCAGCAACUCUGAUAUGCUGAGAAAGAGGCCAGACACCAAGCUGGAUUCACCUUGCCAGAUCCCAGGCAGCAAAACGGAGGAAUGGAGACAUUGGUCCAAAGGCUACUCAGAAGACAACUGAUCUGACCAAGGGUGAGGUAGAUUCUGAUGUGGGCAUUUCCAAUGCAUGGCCUCCAGAAGCUGAACUUCAUCCUUCUCUUUGCUCUGCUCUUCAACCACAGGGACUUGUAUGGUGCCUGCAGUUCAGCCUUUUCAGUACUCAAGGCCUUGACUUCUCCCUUAACCUUGGGUGGAUUUUUAAUUAUUUUAAGGGUGGCUUUGCAUUUUCUUUCUCCCCGAUGGAGGAGACCACAGCAAUGUUGCUCAGGGGAAUCCCACUUCAUCUUUUUAACCAAGCUUGAAUCUGCAGGACCCCACACAGCUGGAGAUUGAUCAUAUCUUGAGGUAUCUAGGAUCCUUUGCCUGCUAGAUCAUUUCCUGGAGAAGCAAAGAUCUUCUGUUUUAGUAACCACUAUAGGUGGAGACCUACCCUAAUUGCAUCUUUAUCUGCAGGAUCUUGAAGAGGUCAGAAUCUACAUAAAAGUUUAAACCAGUAGGAAUCUUCAUCUCUCAGUGUGGAUUUUUGCUCUUCACAGUAGAUUACACUGAACCUGGAUUCUCCAUGGUCUGGUGUUCCAAGCACUGGCUCAACUGCAGCUCUGGAAGAGAUUGUUUGGAAAGAGGACACUACUUCACAUCAGGCUUGUUACCUCUCUGCCCUUAUCGCCUCACCUGCACUGCCAUUGCUUGGUCCUAGUCAAGAAGUUUCUCCCCAGCACACAAGCAAUUAACUGAAACACACCUUUGUCACCAUCACAACUUGCUCUCUGAGGAUUGUUAUAGUACCCGCCCUCCUUCGCUUCCAUGAGUUUUGCUGUUGCUUCCUUCCUUAACCCAAGGCACAUUCCUCUGCUCCUUGGGCAGGAAGACUAGCAAGUUCCAGAAGUACAUCCUUUGGCUACAGUGGUUCAGACAGUGCAAGAAGCCUAAUCAUUAUAUCCAACUGGAAGCUCUUGGUCAGAGGCCUCUCAAUACAUUACUUGAGCUAAUUGCUUGAGGUCUCAGUGCUGGCCUUAUUGCCCCUUCUCACUGGGAUGGCUGCUGGGGUUUGGGACAGAACUGGUCAAAGAGGCGGGCAAGAAAAGUCUCCUUUGUAUAGCACCUCAGUACAUCUGCAGGAUGGGGAGGGACACUUUUUAACAUUUCUGCUACCUCACUCUUCACUUGCUUGGGCAAAGGGACCAGUGGAGACUCUUCCAGAGACAUAUGCUCUCUUUCCAUACCAGAAUCAGCAUACUCAAUGCAUCUCCCAUUUGCUCUAAGCCUUCCUCCAUGUGUUUGGAGCAUAAGGCACAGAUGCUGCUGGACAGUAAGUUUUCACUACACUCCUCCCCCUCUUUUUUUUCCCUAUUUGGCAUAGAAUUGUCUGCUUCCUAACCCUUCAUGUUGUGACCAGCUUGGCAGUUUGGCAUAGAAUUGACUGCUGCUUCAUCUUGUGACCAGCCGAACUUUCCCCAAGCUGGUAGCCCUCAGAUGUUACAGACUAUACUUCCCAUUGGCCCCAGCCAGUAUGGCCAGUGGUCAGAAAUGAUGGAUCAGGUUGAGGUCAGUGUAAAGUAAUGGCAGAAAAACACUAGCUGUUGAUAUGAUGGGAGGCAGUUAUAAAGCAUGAGAUCCCAUGAUGGGAGGCAGUUAAAAAGCAUACAGUCCCAUUCAACAUCCCCAAGUAACUAGUAUGCAUCUGUCAAAAUGGCCCUUCAAGAUGGAAACUUUCCUGCAAGCAGAUGGCCAGAUGAUGGCUUUGUGCUGGGGGUUUGCAGGGAUAGAGCAGCAGGCAGGGCUCAGUUCUUAACCCGCCAUCCACAUGUAUGCUUGCACACAUACUCAUUUUGUCAAGACAGCUGGGACCAUGGGGAGAAUGCUUACUUGAGAGGUGGGGGAGUCAUUGGGUGGGAACUGAAGUGAUUCCAUCAGUUCUCCCCUUACAACUCUACCACCACCCUGCCCAGACAUUAAUAUUGGGAAGCAAAUAUGUUUGGGAAUCCUGACCUAGGUUCAGCCUAAGUUUUACACUGACAUCUCAGUGAACGUCACAUAUUGACUAAAUUCAUUCUUGAGAUUCAGUCUGACUAAUGCUCCAGAUUAAUUAAAGCCAUAUUAAAAACUUUUUUCUUUUUACAGGGAGCAAAUCAAAACACCACUUUCCCCUCUCUCCUCUGCCUGAAGCUCACUGUCCUGGCUUUCCAGCCAUCUGUUUGAAAAGUGGACUGAUGGCAUGGCCUAAAAAUGUAGCAUUCUUGCAUUUAAAUUAAGACUUGCCUUGCCCUCUCCUACGAAGCAAAAGUAAACGAAUUACCCUUACGCUGGAGGUAAACCUCAGGAAAAGGAAUCGGGAUUAAAUCGUCUUUAAAAUUUCAAUAGAAAAAGCAGAUCCUUGUCCAACCUUUUGGAUGUAUCUUGCUUUUGCUACAGAGCUCGGUCCUGCUCCUUACAAUACCAAUACCUUUAAAAGGUGGAACAAUGCCAGUAUUCACUUGUAUUUUAAUAUGUUGAGCCUUUAGAAAUCAACUAGAUCCUGUUCCGUCCCUCUCAUCCAUAUUUUUAUAUAGCAAGUUUAUUUUUUAAAGUCAGGAUUGUUCUUAAUCUUUUUGAAUAUAAGGCAGAGGACACAGGCAUUGAUACCAGGAGGAGCCCUGGUGGCGCAGUGGUUAAAUGUCUAUACUGUAGCCACUCACACAAACCAUAAGGUUAUGAGUGCAAUACCAGCCAAGGGCUCAAGCUUGAUUCAGGCUUGCAUCCUUCUGAGGUUGCUAAAAUGAGUACCCAGCUUGUUUGGGGCAAUUAGCUUACAGUUGUAGACCACUUAGAGACUGCUGAAGCAGAAUGAAGCAGUAUAUAAAUGAAGCUAUUGCUAAGCUGCUAUACCUUUUGUUGGACUAGGUGUUGAAAGUGUAUGCAAACUACCAGGUAGGUAGGGAUUUAAAUAUGACCCUUAGGAGAUGUUGAGUCCAAAAAGUUUAGCUAUUCAUAGUUUGGCUAAUAAAAUGUAUUAUUACCACUUAUUAUUUCAUAGUGAGGUGCAUGGAAAGCUGUGUGCCUUUCAAAAGGUGAAGAAUAUCCAGGCUUUGUGCUUAUAAAAGUUCUACAUGUUAUAUUAAUUUCCCACAUGUAAAUAUACAGUGUGCCCACUCCAUAUGCAGGCGCACUAUAUGUGGCUUCCUGUUUACACAGAAGCUGCGUUGCCAUUAAAUGAAUGGUGCGCGUGUGCGCCAUGCCACUGCAAGAACGAGGCCCAUUAUAUUGAAGGGCUCAAGGGGGGGGGGGUCUGCAAUUGAUCCCCUGCAUAAGGCAAGGCUCCACUGUAUUUGUAUAUGUAUUUGGUGGUACAGCGUGCCCACAUUAUGGGCGGAUGUGCCAUAUGCCGCUUCCAGCAUAUGCUGGAAGCCAUGCUGGAAAAACUCCUCUCGCACCCCAGAAGAUGUAAUGGGGCACGUCACGUGCAUGUUACUUCUAAUGGGGCUCGAGCAUACAUGUUUUUUCCCCACAUAAGGGAAGGGCAUGCUGUAAUUGGAAAGGGCCAUGGAUGAUACUAAGGCCAUAAGCCACACCUGCUGAAUAGCCUGCUCAGACAUUAAAAGUUCUGGUCACUUUACCCACAUACCUUGUAUUCAAAUUAUGAAUAUAUCCACAACCUACAAUCAUUUCCCAGUGCCUCUUUCAGGAUUGAGUCAUACUGAUUUAGUUGAUUUGAGAAUGAGAUCACAUAGCAAAUCGGAUUGCUUCCAUUGAUGGGUAGAAUAUAAAGGUUUCAGUAUCUCAGCAUUAACUAGCUGGGGAUAGCCAUUUUACAUGAACAAAACCUGCAUGCACCAACAGUGCCCAUUCAGUGAUAAACAGAGCCUUGGGAGUAGGCGCGCGCGUGUGUAUCUGCAUGCGUGUAUACUAAAAAUGUUUUAAAGGCCAUGCCACUUGAUUUUAAAAAGCACUUUAGCAGCUAUCACAUAAUACAAGUAGUUUCAUUUUUCUCAAGUUGGAUUUGAUUGGAUCACGGGCUACUUGAAAAUUAAAACAAACCACCCAUAGUGUGUGUGUUAUGCUGCUGUCCGAGUCACACCAUUGGCUGGACCAUAGAUGCCGGUUAUUUCCUAUAAGAUGAAGCAGCUGAUGCAAUGAAGAUGCCUUGUUCAUGUUUAAUUUAUAGCACCUUUUUAAAGCAUACAUAGAUGGAAAUUAGUUCUCUUGGAACUUGCUGUUGCACUGCACCCUUAAAUAGAAUCCUCCACGCAUCGUUUCCCUUUUCUGCAUGGUGAAAUGUCAGCCAUUUUAAUUGUGCAGUGGCUCUGGACGCCCUUAGAGCAGGGUGGGGAAUCCAAAAGUCCUAGACUAUGUCUCCCUUACCACUGGCCAUGCAGGCAGGGGCUUCUGGGAAUUGAAGUCCAAAACCAUAAUGGAUUCCCUAACUCUGUGGCCAUCUAGAAAUUUUCAACUGCCAGAUGCAUCAUGGCAGAAAGUUACAGUCAAAAAUAGCUAGUGGGCGAAUGGGUCCUCAUCCUUCUCUGGUUGGAGCAGAAGGAAAACCCAAGUGAUUCUUUUCCCCCCAAGAACUAUGACAAUCAGCUCUAAACCUAUACAUCUCCCCACUCCAACACAACUGCUCAUAUAGCUAUAUUGCUAACUAACUGAAUUGAAAAAGACUAUUUUCUGGAUAGCAAAUUCAACACCACUACUCACCUGUGUAUUCCCAAACAUAGGUGCUCUUCCAUGCAUUCACUACUCCCCCCCCCCCAGGAUUCAGUGCUCAGGAACUUGCUGGCAAGGCAAAGUAAAAUAUACCUCAGCACCAACACUAACACCCACCCAUCCCAAAGUAAGGGAUUCAAGAUAAGAGAAGCAACACCAGGGCGAUUGGAUUUGUUCCCAGGUGACAACAGCUGUAAAGAUUUUAUCUCGGCAAGAAAAGCAACGUCUCUUUCCAUGCCAACCGACCAACAUAAAAACCAAGUCUGGGACACACAUGAAACCAGCUGCCUGUUCUUUGAGCUUUUAUAUCAGAAUAUACUUACAUAUCCCAGAAGAGGAACAGUGAGUGGCUUUUCCUUAAGUUCUGUCUGAGAGCUUUUAUCACGAUUCCUGACCCCAUUUGUUUCGGCAAUGCUCUGUUACAGGAUCCAUUACAUAGGCAGUGUUUGUAGUUCAGAAAACAAUUGCCCACAAAAGCAAUUCUGCUCUGACUUUCUUUUUAGCCAGAUGUUCAAUUUCAGGGCAGAACCCAAUCCCAACCAUCCAACCUCAUGGCACUGGAUGUGCCAUCCCCAGGAUCUGUUUGUUGAUAGUCUUACAUUUCACAAGGUACAAAUAAUGAAUGUAAAUAUGCAUUACAGUAUAGAUUAGGGGUUAUCUGAUCCUGUAAAAAUGAGACGGUUGUUAAAAGAACCUAGAAACCAUAACCCUGAGUGCAAUAGGAGUUGAUUAUUGAAAAUGCAGUGUUCUGUCUGUAUUACUGAGCAGACAGUGACAAUUUCAGGAAAUAGAGACUUAUUUGGCUCAAGUUGCACACUUAAGAAAAAAGAAAACAGCUGUAAAAUGUAAGUAUUUGCCAGUUGUUUGGCAAGUUUAUCUUUGCUUUUAGCGGCAGCAUAUAAAUACAGUAGGGAAUCCCCCCGGGACUUUUUUUAAUGCUGACAAUUUAUGUGUAAAAAAGAAGGAUGCUGCAUGUGGUAGUUCUUUUUUGUUGUUUUGUUUUUGUUCCUUGUCAAGAAAUGUAAAUUGCAAUUUCUUCCAAUUGGAGGUCAGAACUGUCCUCAUGUAUAGCUUGCACAGUGUUGCCUCGUCAGUUCUGCUACUUCACCUUCCUUCAUUACAAAACCCAAAACUACAGCUGCUAUCCAGAACCAGGGAGAAACUAUAACAUGGUGUAAAUGCUUUGUCUGUAAAAGAUCCCAGGUUCAUGAGACUUUGAGACAGCUGCUGCCAGUUGGAAUAGGUAGUCCUUGGCUAGAUAAAAAAGGUAUAUAAGGCAGCUUUGUGCCACAAAGUCAAGGAUCUGAAUUUUAUUUUUCUGCAUUAAAUUGAUGUCUGAGUGCCAAGCAUAUAAGGUUUUAGCCAUAGGUUAGUGAGAAGGGACCCAUAUGUAUGCUGGAGCAGAAUAUUGUCUCUUGGGCUUUGAACUGGUGCACCUGCUGCAAAUGUAUAUAAGAUAGAAGAUGCCACUCCUCCUACCCUAUGCACCAGUGGAAGAAGAAACCACAGAAGAUUUUGCUGCUUCAGAUGAAAUCCCAAUUUGAUAUCCAAAGAGGGAAAAGGGGUGAAGGUACUGCCGUGCAAGGGCCAUCCUUCCUCCUCUUUUUCUUUCCUCUUGGCUAGAGACCAAAGGAUUUGCUAACCCCUUUAGUGGCUGUGGGAAGCACAGUGUGCCAUCCAUGUCUGCACAAGGGAGGAGGCAUGUUGGUCUUCCUGCCAGUUAAUGCUUAAGAAUCCUUCAGAUUCUGUGGAAUGUAUUUUUAAGAGGUGAAAAUAUAUUUUUUCUAUUUACUAUUAUCAAGACUGGGUGGAAAGGGAUUGCCAAAAAACUGACAUUGUGUGCUACAAGCAGAUGAACAUCUUCUGCCUUAUUUUCCCUCAUUUUCAGAUUCAGAAAAAGCAAGUGCAAUUUAGCAAGGUGUUGUCCCAAGGUCCUUGUUUGCCAGCCCUCUCAAACCCAGCAAACUACCAGCACUAUUCCAAUCACUCCACCCCGACUCAAGAAGAAGCACCGUGGUGCUAGCAUGUUCAUUUGGGGGAAGGCCCUCCUCUUUCACCUCCCAAACUUGUCUGUGUGUUUAACAGCAAGUGGGGCUUAACCUGCCCAUUACACAGAGCAAGAAGUAUGCAUGCUGUGUUUAAACAUAAAUGUUUGUCUGCAUGUUAUCUUCUGACUAAUACUGUCUGUUCUACAGUACAUAAUAAAACUAUU